UGUGGAUCUAGUUGCUUGCUGAGGUGCAGGAGCAAAAGCUAGUGAAAAAGUGGGCAACGCUGUAGGAACUUGAUAACCUUUUAACUUUGUGCAAUGAAUUCCUAAACUUAAGGCCCGAACCCCCCUGGAAAAUACUACUAAUAUUCCGCCAUCCACCUUUUGGUUCUGGAGUCAAAUCCUUUUCUACAAUGACAUUCACACCCUUCACCCUGAGGAACCAGGAGAGCUUGCAAACACUGAAACAGAAGGGGUCCAAAGUUAAAGAGGUGCCUCCUCCUCGUUCGCAGAAAGCUGUCUGACGAAGGUGCAAGGCACACCUCUGUGGGAAGGGGGGGGGUUCCACAACUUAGGGGCUGCCCCAGAGAAUACCCUCUCCUGGGCCAUUGCCCACCCCCCGUGUUUUUGAGGGCAGGGUGAUGGGUAGUGAGAGGGAGAGAGGCCAGCGAGCCCUUCUCUUGCCAAACGGCUUUGGAGCCCCGAGUUAAUGAGUGACAGGGUCAGAGUGGUCAGCCUGCCCUGCCACCCCAUAAAUGGAUGCCUUUCCUCUCUUUUCUGACAUUCCCCAUUAUUCUGCCUUUCCAGUGCCUCCCUGGGACCAUUGCACCAUGAAGCUUCUUGCUGUUUUCCUCAGCUUAGCCGCCAUCAUAGGUUCUGCUUCAAGCGAUGAACCUGUCAGCACCGUCCUGACUUGGAAGCAGAUCCUCAGCCCCUUUGAAAGUUUCAAGCUACCCGAAGAGAUCAGCACCCAGGCCACCGACAAAUUCAACAGAGUCCAAAGCCACCUGGCGGAACUGAAGGACCAACUUCUGCCGGCCCUCCAAAAGGUGACGGAGGACCUACAGGAGCUGAAUCGGAAGAUGCAACCUUUCGCAGAAGCUCUGGACGAGAAGUUGCGGAGUGGCAUCACCAAAGUACAGGAGCGCGUAGCCCCUUACACCGAGAAGCUGCAGGAGCAGGCAGAGCAACGGAUGGAGACCUUGCAGCAGACCCUGGCCUCUGGCAGGGAGAAGCUGACACAGAACGUGGAGGUUAUUCGAGCCCAGCUGGAGCCUCUUGUGGACGACAUGAAGGCCAAAAUCCAACAGCAGACCCAGGAGCUCCGCCCCGUCAUCCAGCGACUUCACGGCAAUCUCAGGCAGACCUACAAAAGCUUGCAAGACUGCGCUGAAGACUUCCCGGGUUGCCUGGCCAAGUUUAUGCUGCCGCCCGAGUGAGAACCUGGUCUAGUAACCAAGGGGUGAGCAGCAGGAUAAGGAUGGAUGGAGUCUGGCUUUUGUGCUGGAAAUUCUCAGACAGGCGCCUAGCAAAGGAUGAAGCUGCUGAAGAGCCACACUCUCCCUGACACAACGACUCCUUAUGCCUGUAAACAUUCCCUUAAUGAAGCAUUAAAAGACCUAGCCUUCAAUUAC